AUGAACAAUCCUCCUCCUCCUCCUUCUUCUUCUCAUUAUAAUUAUGGAAAUGAUGAAACAAAUCGAAAUUAUUCUCUUACACAUCAAUUAUCUGAAAAUAAUGUAAAUGUUUCACAAGAUGUAUCUUCAACUUCAUCAUGUCUUCUUCAAUCACCAGUUAUUGAUUAUUAUGGUCAACAUUCAUAUCAUCAACCAACAUCUCGUACAAUUCCACAAUAUUCUCAUCAUCUUUAUCAUGACAAUACUAAUCAUUUGUAUCGAUAUAACAAUCUUCCACAAAGUUCAUGUGUUUAUCCAUGUCAAAAUAAUUCGAAUGGAACUUAUAAUCCGGAAAAUAAUAUAUCGAAUUCGUCAAAUGGUGUUUCUCAAACAGAAAUGAUCAAUUCAAAUCUUGAUCUGUAUGGUUUAUCAAUGAGUCCAUCAAUUCCCGCUCCAUCUUCAUCUCCUCCAUCUUCAAUGGAUCGAAAAUCUUCUGAUUUAAUUCCAUUAUCUGUAUCAAAUGAUCCUUUGUCUAAACAACAAACUCCACCAGUUAUUUAUCCAUGGAUGCGUAAAGUUCAUAUAAAUAAUCCAGUUAUCAAUUAUACAAGUGGAGAAACAAAACGAGCACGAACUGCGUACACACGGCAUCAAGUUUUAGAAUUGGAAAAAGAGUUUCAUUUUAAUAAAUAUUUAACACGACGACGGAGAAUUGAAAUCGCACAUUCGCUGGUUUUAACUGAAAGACAAAUUAAAAUUUGGUUUCAAAAUCGUCGAAUGAAAUGGAAAAAAGAUCAUAAAUUACCGAACACAAAGUCGAAACUACCUGAUCAAUUACCAGCUGCGUCUACAUCAUCUGACUCUUCAUCUCCGAAUUUAAUAAAAAAAGAACAACAAGAAAUUCUUUCGCCAUUUAUUAAAGAAGAAACAUUUUCCAAUGAAUCUUCCAAUUCAAAUUGA